AUGAGAAAUGAUAGACAUAUCAAAUUGGUGUUUAUGGUGUUCGAUUAGGCUUAGAAGUAGGUAAUAAAGAGAAUUUUGAAUAGUAAACUGAGAUUAUUGAAUAAGAAUAUUUUAAUUGAAUUCAUGAAAGAAAUGAAUGAUUUAAUUAAAGUGAUUAAUUUUAAUAAAUCAUCAAUGAGAAAUCAUAUUGUGUAUGGUUUUAAUUUGUGGUAAAUAUGCAUGAGUUCUAGAAAAUGCUAGUAUAGAAGCCUGAAUCUUAGGUUCAAGAAAGAAUUCGAAGAAAAAUGA